GUCUACCAUAAACCAAGAGUAAAGUAACAUAGCCAGAAAACCAUACGGCUAAAAUCAGUAUCAGUGAAAGCCAGAAGCAUAAAUUUUGUAAAUAUUCUAAAAUAUCUGCAAUCAUUGAAACCAAUAUAUCGUAACUCCAAAAAUCUCGUAAUCUCUCUCUAAAUUUGAUAUUACUUUCUUCGUAUAUUCUGGCGAUCGAUUAAAAAUAUCUCUAAAAUAAGAUCCACGAGUUGUCAAUAAUAUCCGCUACGUGUCGCAGCAUGCGUUUCCCACAAGUAGAUCAUAGCUAUAUCCGUUAUGUUCUAUGGGGGGCUCCGUCCAGCAACUUCCUCGGCGAUUGGAUAUCGCAAGUGUGUAUGUAAGCGUGCGUGGGUGAGCACCAGGCGUUUUCUUUAUGGACGGAGGGAGAACACGCUCCCCGAGUGUUCCGCGUUGGCCGACGGUUCUCUCUAUGAAAACUCGUGUGAAAGCGCGAAAAACCGCAACCGGAGAGCCGUGGCCGUAGCGUGCGCGUGUUAGCAUAGAUAAGAAGGAUGUAAGAGUGUUGAAAGAAUCGAACGCACCUUCUCCACGAGCAACGACUCCUGGAUAGAAGAGAGAGAAAGAGAGAGAGAGAGAGAGAGAGAGAGAGAGAGAGAGAGAGAGAGAAAGAGGGAGAGUAAGAAAAACUAAAGAAGAAGUGACUAUCCAAGAAGGAAUAAGUGAAACAUCGUCGCGAUCCUGGCCUUCGUCGUCGCGAGUCGUAAUAGAGAAAAGUAUCUCGAAGCACCUGUGCCGGAUGUACAGUUAUACGAGUUACUUCGGAAGUCAAAUAAUUCUGACGUUUCAUCAGGACGCUACGAGAGACUGACAUUGUUCUUAAUAAAUUCUCAUAUUAUUCGUAUAAUAGUUUCAACUAAGUGGAAUUCCUGCAAAACGAUAAUCCAAAUUUCUUCUGAAAUUUAUUCAGAAUUACACAGGCUUCUAUUUCCUUCGUACGGUACGUCUCUACGUCUGGCUGUCCUGUUCGUCUGACUGUCUGGCUCCCUCCUCUUAUUCCACUCACCCGGCACAACAGCCUAACGGGGGUACAAAAAGAAUAAACAUGGUGGUGAGCGUGCGAGAGAGGUAGCGACUGAGUAAUCCCAGUGUGUCAGAAGCUAGCGAACGGACCCCGACGUGGGUUCUUUGUCUCACACGGGAGCAAAAGGAUUGUACGUGAAAAGAAGGAUAAAGAGAGAGAGAGAGAGAGACAAAUUUUCAUUGCAACUUGAAGAACAAUUUUCUCUGAGCCAACUGUCGACGAAACACCCUUGUUCAUCUCCAGGGACAGAGCAUCAGCUGUACUUAAAGUCAGUUCAUCCUGGGAGCCACAGUUUUAGGAGAGAUCCUGCUUAUGGACCUCUACUUUCAUCACGCGGAUGACCACGAAUCUUUCGUUACUUGUAUCAAGAUAUUGUAACUUGACCGUUUAUCAUCCUGGAAAAAUAUGCGAGUUAAAUCUCGUGGCGAUUUAUUCGUCAUACUCGUGAUACUAGUUGGCAAGAUACGUUAGAGAUUUGGAUGCUUGUGAACGGUGAUAAAAUCUGAGAACCUCGUGCGACCUGUGUUUGUUGUAUAUGGAAAACGAAAUCUUUGUGAAUAUUCAGAUGGGAUUAUCUUUGAUGGAUUAAACAAUCAAGGAAGCCAGUGACUGCUGUUCUAUGAUUCUUUAUAUACUGGAAGUGAAGGUAAUCUUGUGAGAGGGACUGCAACGUAUGAGAUCCUGCAGGAAUCAUCAAGAGUGUCUAUUGUGUACAGUGUUUGGUGUGUCGAAGAAGGGAGAGUAAGUGAAGGAAGUAAAGAAAGUGAAAAUAAUAUUGUGAGACAAUAUUAGAGUUGUUUUGUGCACUAAUUAUAAUUCAACAGCAUUGCAACACCAUUGGAAAUCGAAAUAGAGUAAAGAUUAAGAUGAAGUUUUAAAGCUCAUCUUCGUCAUCGUUAUCCUCGAUGUAUUAGUCGGUUGUGUGUUGGGCUUCUGAUAGUUCGUGAUAUCGAUUGACACGAAAGAAAAAUCGAGCGAGGGUGGAAAGCACGGAAGUGGACGCAAAGGUCACGCUCUGUUCAGGACACGAGGAAAUUUCUCGGUGUAUUUUCGGCUGUGGAAAAAGUUGAAUGGAGCGGAGUCAUCAAACUUGCCCGGCCCGGUGCCAACAACCUCUGAGCUAGACAGCUCAUGAUGCGUUUGCCCUCGUGCACGAUAGAUUAUAAAAUUAGACGUUCGAAACCACACUCGAAGGUAAAAGGGAUACGACGGACAAAGCAAAGAAGACACGGUGAAGUGAACGAGGAGGAGAGCGACGCGGAAUAUCGGUGAAUGAAGAGACUUUCGAAGUCUGUUCGGAAGUGACGUCAGGAAGUGACAUCAUAGUUCCUUAUUUACUUUUACUUUACUUUUUUAAAUUUUCAUCGCCAUCAACGUAAACGUCGCCCUGACCCUAACAUCAUUUUGUAACAUCCUACUGUUUAUACGUACAUCCUGUUCAAUCAGUGUUUGUGUCUGGGAAAUUUGAAGCAACACGGUCUUCUUAUUUUAACUACGACGUGUCGUGAACGAUGUAUUAUUUUGCAAGGCGAAUGUGAAUCUUGCAAGGCCGUGAAGAGAGUUCAACUUCUAGUCUACUGCAUUUAGACGAGUGUAUUUCUCGAAUGAUAUUUUUUAAACUCAUGACGAUAUCAAACUGCACGGAUUUUGAGAAAGGUGCAUGCAGGAAACAGUUUUGAUAGUCUUCGACUUGGGAAGGAUCUCUUGGGAUUUUCUGGAAACGUACCUCUGCUAAGUCACCGAUAGCAGUUUGAGGAUUUUUAGAGACUGUUAUUUUAAAUGUAUAUCACUUGCAUCUUGCGAAGAGUAGAAUUCAAACUACUCAUCCAUUUGAAUACCCAUAAGAGUGAGACUGAACACAUAACAAAUCACUUAGACGACUAAUUUAUUUAACAAAACUAGAAAAGAGGAAAGUUACGGUGUGGAAUCUAUAGAAGAAAUUAUGUACCAACGACAAUUGUCACAGGAAGAUCAGCAGCAGUGUCCGACCAAGAUUCACAAAGAUAUAGCUUCCAGUAUGGUGACAAAUACAGAAUAAAGUAUUCUCAACUACGCUGAACAAUAACACUGUCUCUAGGUAGCAUUAAAUUAAAUCAAGAAGAAUGGACUGUACUAGAACAGCGUUUACGUUUUAAAGAUAAGUUUCAUAGAGAAGAUGCGUCGCAAUUGCAGAAGGAGAAGACGCUGACACCAGUGCUUUCAAACUGUGCCCCAAUACAUUAAGAAGACAAGAAAUGCAGCACCCUGGAGGAGCUAGAGCAUAAUAUCAAGACUUCUCUGUUAAAUGGGCACAAAUGACUAGCUUAACUUUAGCAGCCAAUGCGAUCGAGAUGCCCCUGUCAAGACCAAAUCCGUUUGCACCCGCGAACGCAAUCUCUACGCAAACGUAUAUCUCGACGAACGAGAACAGCUACCUUCCUCCGCUGAAGGGAGGCAGUCUAGUUCUUAAGCAAGGCGAGUCUCCACCAAGCCACCUGACUCACGCAAGUCACGUCGUAGGGACACACUUGCCAAGCCUGGGAUCGAGCGCUAACAACAGCCUACAGAACUUAACUAGCAACUCCGAUAGCUUAAACCUGAGUCUGAGUUCGCACACAAGUCACACGAGCCAUAAUAGCCACAACUCCAGUCACAAUUCUCAUUCUCAACCGAACAGCCAAUCGAGCAGCCCUAUGGUGAAAAAUGGACGAUCAGACGGGAACUCGAGUGGUGGAAAGCCCAAGACUAUGACAGUCACUCCGGAGAUAGUUUUAAAGCUGUACAUGAACAAAUUAACGCCAUACGAGUAUCAUGAAAUCUUUAACUAUAAGCAAAUUUACUUUAUAGGAGCUAAUGCCAAGAAGAGGCCAGGGCUCAUAGGCUAUCCUAACAAUCAUGAUUACGAUAACGAUCAGGGCUCCUACAUCCAUAUACCUCAUGAUCAUGUAGCGUACAGGUACGAGGUACUCAAGGUUAUCGGCAAAGGUUCCUUCGGCCAGGUCGUCAAGGCAUAUGACCACAAGACCCACGAGCACGUAGCCUUGAAGAUGGUCAGGAACGAGAAGAGAUUUCACCGGCAGGCCCAGGAGGAAAUCAGAAUACUGAGGAACCUCAGGGAACAAGAUAAGGAUAACACGAUGAACAUCAUUCACAUGUUCGACUCGUUCACCUUCCGGAAUCACAUGUGCAUUACCUUUGAACUUCUUAGCAUUAAUCUCUACGAACUCAUCAAGAAGAACAAAUUCCAGGGCUUCAGCUUACAGCUUGUUAGGAAGUUCUCCCAUUCUUUACUUCAGUGUCUCGAUGCACUUCACAAGAACAAAAUUAUACACUGUGACAUGAAGCCUGAGAACGUUCUUCUGAAGCAGCAGGGUCGCAGUGGCAUUAAGGUGAUAGACUUCGGUUCCAGCUGCUAUGAGAAUCAGCGUGUGUAUACGUAUAUACAGAGCCGCUUCUACAGGGCACCGGAAGUGAUACUGGGUGCCAGGUACGGGAUGCCCAUCGACAUGUGGAGCCUGGGAUGCAUCCUGGCAGAACUGUUGACAGGAUUCCCAUUGCUACCUGGCGAGGAUGAAGCUGAUCAGUUGGCUUGUAUAAUCGAACUCCUGGGGAUGCCGCCUCAGAGACUCCUGGAGAACGCGAAGCGGUCCAGACACUUCAUUAGCUCGAAGGGUUACCCGAGGUACUGCACGGCCACCACAAUGGCGGAUGGGACGACGAUGCUGAGCGGGGGCCUCUCGAGAAGAGGGAAGCUCAGGGGUCCACCAGGCUCGAAGGAGCUAAAGCGCGCACUCAAGGGAUGCGAUGAUCCACUCUUCCUGGACUUCAUAAGACGUUGUCUCGAGUGGGAUCCUGAACUGAGGAUGACUCCUGGUAGAGCACUGAGGCACGCCUGGUUAAGAAGAAGGUUGCCAAGACCACCCGGUGAGAAAACAGAGAGCCAGCCUGUCUCGGUACCGACUCCGGCACCGGCGACCGGUCUUCGGACUCCAGCUUCGAGCAGCAGGAGCUCCAGCAAGACCAACACCAUGAGUUCCGGAGGUCUCCUCAACAAGCUUAGACAGCUGAACGAGCACAGAGCCUCCACGAUCCACUCAAGGCACUCUCAACCGAGUCUGGGCCAUGCGUCUGUACCUACGAGCCAUCCAUCAGUUCAGCCAGGACACCAGGUCCAGCCGAUAUCCACGAAUCACUCCGUCACCCAGAGUAACCAUCAGACCCUGAACUCCGCCGGCUCGACUCAUCACAAUCAUCAGCUUCACUCUCACAACUCGCACAGCUCCCACGACAGCCACAGCUCUCACGGAUCCAGCGGCACCCAUCGGUUCGUCGUCGCCAAGGAGGUCUACGGGGAGCUACCCCGGUACUCCGACGCGUGAGGCCACCCUCUCUCUCUAGCUUACCUACUCGUCUCGGUUAUGAGUGGUAGACUCCCUAUUCCAACGGCUUCGAGGCUCCACCAUGGCGCAUCGCUCGGGACGAUUACGGGUUUUGGUAGAGAGGGAGGGUGGCCUCAUGAUCGGCUACAGUGACCUCACCACUGAUCACAUUUAACGAUCGCUCAGAGAAACCUCGUUGGUCGUCGCGCAACUUCAGGCGUCGCGGCGCCUCGCGUCUCUUCCUCCCAAAUGACUCUCUUGACAUUGGCUCCGAUCUUACAGCCUCACCGAGGCUGACUUCCUUCAUGCUCGACUUGUUCCCGCGAGGGAAUUAAUAUAACGUGGACUAGAAAAAAUUUGAGAAUUCGGAUCAAGCCUUCUUCGACGUAAAGUUUCCAUUGAAGUCUUCUUCUAAGAUUUCUUCAAGACAUUUCAACGACUCAUUUACCUCGUGUCUCGAUCUCUUAUACAAAUUUUCAUUAUUUUUCUCUGAUCAAGGCGACGCGCUGCUCCGUAUCUUAUCCCUCUCCAACGGGGACCUCGUCUAAUUGACCCUUAUGCGGGGACAGCUCCUUAUAAAAUGUUAAAGCAAGUCAGCGCAGUUCAGCCGGUAGAGUAUCCUCGCCGUUGACGACCUGAAAACAGUGCUAAUAUUAGUAACGAGCCGAGGCAAGGCGAAAGACAAAAAAGAGUCAAUGUCUCGGCGAGCGUCGGUCGCUCGCGCGUAAAUGGGAAAAACACGAUUAAGAGACGCGUGGCGUCCCGAUGCGUCGCGAUAAUAACGGCGCGCAUAAAGGGGGAUAUCGGUAGAGCCGAUGCGGACAAAGAGUAAUAAUAAACCUUAACAGCGAUAACGUCGAAUAAAAUUGGGUCGAGAGUCGUCUCAAUCGCUUUUCUUUCCUUUUUUUUUUCUUUUCGGCGCGUAAUAUUUAAAUUGCGGCGCCCGUGCGCGUAACAAAGAGACAAACAAACAAAAAUAAACAAACAUAUGUAUAAUUAUGUCGUGAUACGGAACAGGAUGUUUUGUGAUAUGGAACUUACAAUUAGACGUAUUGUGGUUUAUAUUGACGAGUAUAAAUGCGCUAUUAAUGCCGACUAAAUACUAGAAUUUAAGGUUUUGUGCGUAGCGAUAUUUGUAGUCGAAUUAUCAAAGUAUUGGAGGAAGGUUAAGUGUUGUGCAAAGAGGAACAAAAAAAUGUUUUUCAUGACAAGCGGACUCGGGGAAACGUUGCACGAGGGUCAUCCCUCGUGGUCUCUAAUCAUUCUCAUCUCGAACUGUGUAGUAUCACUCGAUUAAUUAUUAUUGAUACACCCCAUACGUAGUAUACCGCCCACACCUGCCAUUCGUCCACGUCGAUGUGUGUUCAUGAAACAAACCUGGGAAACGAUCCCACGUAAAGAAGGCGGAAUCGAAAGUCCACCUUUUCGUCUAUCGUUUAAAUAUAAACACUGUAUCGGGAACAGUAUUCGGUCUCAAUUGCCGACGCGACGCUAACUGCCAGUAAUCCUCACUGUAAGUCCCAAAUCUUCUAACUUCCUCCCUCUGACACAAGGCCAAGCCUCCGGCCACGCUCUACACUAUAUUUUUAAACUUAUUUUACUUCUAUAUUUUAUAACCACCAUCUCCUUUUCAAACUUCAUCCACAAUUUUCUCUUUUGAGUAUUCAUGUAGAUUAACCUCGCGCGCUCCUCCCUUCAGUGUUCCUAUACGGUGUGUUCUCAAGCUGCGAUCCUCCAUCAGGUCCUUGUAUCUUUCAUACAAUUUUUCUUCUUUUCAUACAAGCUACUUGGCUCUCGGUUUUCUACACUGGCGAUACAUUCGAUCCCAAUUAUCUUUUAAUACAGACCAAACGACAUUACAAUGUGAUCUCGAGGAAUAUACAAAGAAAUUGUAAUGUAUAUGCAUCCUUAUCGAUAGACGUCUUAUCGCUGUAGUUACUUAAUCUUUUAUUUCUUCUCUAUUAAAACUCGAAGGAUCGCUCGUUCAACGCGUCCCACCGUCAGUGCCGUAUAAUUGAUAGUUUUAGGUGUACAUUAAUUAAUUAAAAUACCUGAAGUAAGCCGCGGUUGCUCGAAGCUCGGGACAAUUGACUCCACUUUGAAUAUGGCUGUGUUCCGAAUAAUCUUUGAUAUUCAUAAUAGCGAUCUCCUUUGUAUGGUACGUUAAUUAAAUUACUAUAUCGGUGGCGGUUUACUUAAUACGAUCUUGUCUCGAACGCCAUAUCUAAUUGUAUUUGAGUCAAGUGGAUUGACAACAAGGAGCAAGAGGAGCGAGGCGUAGGGAAGAUACGUAUAGAGAUUUAAAAGAACAGGUGGGGAGGCAUGUGUCUGAGAAGAGAGAGAAAGAGAUACACGGAGAGGCCAUUGAUAUUGGAUAAAAGAUUAUAUUCAAUUUUUAUAUAUCCGCACUCCUUAUCUGCCUACAAUCUAUCGAUCGAUUUUAAUUGGCACUGUUAUCACUUGACGGACACUGCGUAGACUGGGUACGCGUGGCGAUAGGAAUAGCGCGCUUUAAUCAAACAUUUCUACCCGUGCCUUGGCCCGUUACAUACGCAAGCCGUAGAGCUACGUAACAUCUUCGAGACGUGGUAACACUUUUAGUCCGUCUCUCUUAAAACGUACACUGUUAUCCCAGUGUAGUCAGAGGAGUCAGCCAAGUCUGUAAAACGCAAGAAAGUUAUCGUGAGAACCGGUGGUUGAUUAGAUAAAAAUCAAUCAAUAAUGUUAUGCCUCGUCGACGAGUAAUCCAUUUGUUAUUGUUUUCGCGUUACAAUUGAUUUAUUCGAAUAGGUACAUAACCUAGCGUGUCAAUUAUAGUGUAUUUUUUAAUUAUAUAUAUAUAUAUUUGUAUACAUGGUUAUUCGGUAGUAUCGUACUGCCUGAAGUUAGUCAGAAGUCGAAUAAACGGGCUAACUUCAGUUUAUGAAAUACUACCGAGUGACACUGUAUAUAUUUUAAAAGCACGAAUUUAACCUGUUAGACAAAUUUUUAUUUGAUACAUUUAAAAGAAAUACUUUUUCACUAAAUGGCAUCGAAAGCCAAUCGGUCCUGUCAGAGAUAUUGGAACACAGUCAUUCAAUUUAUAUGGGGUGUCUCUCCAGUUCGAUAUUGUUAUUGUAAGGGUAUGCGCGUUGGUAGAAUCAGCGAGGUUAGGUCUGUGGGAAAAAUGGCAGAAGGGAAGGUGCAUUUGCAAAUAUUUUUUUCCUGGGAACGAAAUCGCACGGGAAUUGUACCUGGACCGGACUGUACCAUAUAUUAAAGAGGAGUUAACGUGGACGCGCGAUUGCCUCGAAUUAAUUGGAGUAGCAACGACGUGAAAUAAAAAUGGAGGUACACUAUGAGGGAAACCAAGUCGAGGUAGGGAAGAGGAAAAAGUGUAGAACAAUUAAACUUAUUAAGUCCCCUUCGGUUUAUCGAGGCAUAACGCAGCAUUUAUCUUGAUCUAAAUACCAGCGGUAGGAUCGUCGGAAGGAGCGCGAUUUUUUUAUCUUCUCCAUCUCUUUCUCUCUCACUCAUUUUCUCAUUUUAUUUCACCCACUUGUUUCAUUCUUUUUUAAUACAUGCGUACAACACCUUCUGACGUACGAAACGCCCCAUCAAACUUAUGGCUUAUGCGAUUUUUCUCGGAGGAUUUUUUAAUAUGUAAAGGAUGAAGUUAAGAAAAAGAAAAAAUAUAAUAACGAAUUUCUACCGCCGUAAAUAACGAAUUACUGUGGAUACAUACGUUCUAUAUGUAUAUACUGGUUAUAUGUAUGUCCUUUGGCGUAUGUAUAUGCAUAUGUAUAUCGCGCCAUGUGUAACCGACGACUUGUUACUGACUUUUAUUGGAUACAAAGAGGAACAAAGAUAAAGAUAGAUUAAUGAAAUUUAAUAUGCGAGAGAGAGAGAGAGAGAGGGGGGACAAGCUUAUAGGAGUUUAAUGAUAGUUUUUUUUUUCUUGAUGUAAUAAUUGAUAAGAGGACAACUCGGCGCGAGAAGCGAAAUUGGAUAUGACGACUAUAAAUGAUAAGAUUGAAGUACGAGGGAUUGUGCGUUAUAAAUGGAGGCAUAAAAGAAAAAAGAGAAAAUAUGAAUACAAUUGAACUGAUGAGAGACUGUAUUACGUUUCUAUAUGUAUAUGCGUAAGCGUUUGUAUGAUAUUUCGUAAUUAAUUGUGAUGCAGGUGAAAACGAUUGCGCGGGGUGAUUCAAUGUUUCUUCGUAUCGAUUGUAUAGCCUUGCGAUUUUUCAAAUUUCGCGCCUCCUCGCUCACCCGAUCCGAUCCGGUCUUUCUUCGUCCCGUUAGGUCGCUGCAAUUUUCUGUCGUCCGAUCGAUAUAUCGAAAACGAAAAUCCGUUGCCAACUUCACAUUGGACUUUGUUUCCUUGACGUUUUAUCAUCUCGUAUCCUUUUUCCUACGGUCCUCAUUUUUUUCCUUGUCCAUCGUCAUCGAAGGUUCGCCAGUCAACCAAUCUGUCAUUGAAAUUAGACCACAGGAUGCGUGCUCUGCGAUUAAAGUGGAAACCUAAGAAAAGGAAAAGGAUUGCAACGACAGGAAAGAAGUUGAGCCACCCCGUGACAGGAAAUUGGACAAUUUUGUAAUACCGAUAGGCAAAGUAAAAGAAAAAGUACGGAAACAGCGUGAACGAGCGUUUGAUAGGUAAGGGUGUGUGGUGGGGAGAGGAUGUAUGUCAAACUAUUAUGAUAAUUGUGACCGGAAGCCAUCGUGUAUGACAAUUAUAAAAUUUGUCAAGAAAGUUAUGUGAAUGAGAGCAAACGAUGCUAUUCAAGAGAGAGAGAGAGAGAGAGAGAGAGAGAGAGAGAGAAAGUAUGGAUAAAGCGAAAGUUGGAGCAAGAGAGAAUUACGAAAUAAAUAAUAAUAAAACGGUAGAUAAACUACGUUUGAAUUAAAACGAUUAGAUAAGCGAUCAAGUAAAUAUUAAUGAUUAUAUAAAAAUAGGCAGAGUAAAAUUGGAUAGAUCGUUAGAGAGUAUUGCUGUUUAGUGAGGACGAAUGUAUCAAUGUAUUUAUUUUGAUCGAUGACCGAUCGAUCAUUCAUUAAUCGGCGCUAUCACACGAUCCUCCUUAGUCAUAUUUUUUUUUUUUUUUUUUCCAAUAAUCAGACCGUAGCCUUUUUGCGUCUAUCUGGAUUAUCACGUUUUUUUUUAUCACCCUCUGCGUUCUAUAGUCGGAAAUCAAUUAUUUAUUCAUGUUUGUAUCAGACUCGCACAAUUGUCAUUGGAAUUGACUGUAUAGGAAUUAUUAUUACGCUGGUGUCUUUAAUCUCGAAUUCGAAGCGUAUGUCAAUUUUUUUACGCCACGCUUCAAUUCGAGAUCAAACGACAAGAGUCAUACGAUUACGCAGCGUAUCCUGUCGACUUGUAUUUCUUAACAUUGCUUUUGUUCAAAUCCCAUUACAGUUAUACGUACCCGCGGUAUAAAACGCACUGGGUGAAAAAUCAACCCGUAUCCGUUAUUCCUGCAUAAUUUAUGGUCUUUAUGAAUACCGAUAACAGACGAAACAUAUUAGGCAUCCACGCGACAGGAACACUAUAAAAUUGAUAAUACGUACACUAAAAAACAUUGAACAUCCAUAUACGUUAUUAUUUAUAAGAUUCGACACGACUGUACUGUAUUUGUUAGCUGUGUCGAUUUAAAAAAAGAAAAGAAAAAGAAAAUGCAAAAAAAGUUAAAAAGAGGCCCGAAAACACCUCCACAGGAAAAAUCAGGGAUUCGCUGCUCGGAUCUUUUUCGAAUUCUCAAUCGCACGUAUUUUCCUUUUGCUCGUGUCAAAACGCGCCUGGGAUUUGUCCUAUUUUAAUCAUAGACGAUCGCGCGUCCGGUCGCGGACGCGCUUAAGCUUUUUAAUGCAACUCGAGGCCGCAACCAUUUUUUUUAUUAUAAUUGUAUGUAAAUGUAUAUGUAUAUACACGAGUAAUUAUAUGUUUCAAUGUUGAAACGCGUAAAUAUCGUUCGCGAUAAUUGGACUGUAAAAGUAUCUCGCGUUUACGUAUAUCCCAAGUAGCAUGCCAUAUUUCAUGUGGGCGUCUCUGCCUUCUGUGUCCCGGACUAUGGAGGUUAACGGCUGUCGUGGCAUUUUUGAAUAUUUGAAUUUGCCGCGCUUCGCCGAUAGCGCCUCUGGAACACGGGGAAGGAGUAGAGGGCGGUUGGGAGGGACGAAAGAUCUUGGGUCGGGGGUGAAAGAGGGGAGUAACAUGAAGUUUCCAUUAUCGCGAACUUUUCGCGUGGAAAUAUUCAACGCGAAUUGCAGCCACCUUUGUAAAAAUAAAAACGUAACAUUUGUAUUAUCGCGAGCGGUGCUGGGAUGCGCGUGGCUUUUAAUUUUCUCGCGGAAUUGAUUUUUUUUUAAUGCUUGUCUCUUUUUUUCCUCUUUCUUGGUUGCCGCGCUCGAUUAAUACUAUUAUCAGUUAAUAAUAUAGUUUUUUAAAUGUUACGCAAACGGAAAUAUGCAUACAGAACGGUGCACGCAUCCGCGUAUACACGUAAACACGAUAAAACUCUAUCGACAUACACACAGGAUACAAUUUGUAUUACACGCGUACAUUGCCUGCGGACUAUUUUUACGUAUCGACUUUAUUAAAUAAGUUUUAGGAUAUUACGACUCUUUAAUUUAAGUGACAAUGCAAAGUUUGAUCUCUUAAUCGUACGUACAUUACUAUUAUAAAUAUUUACAUAAAAUAUCGGUAAUCGUGCUCGUUACGUCCAACCCCAUUUUUACUACAACCCCUUUUUGACACUCGCGAGGAAGAGCAACGAUAGAGUGGGGAAGAAAAAAGUGCGAUUUGCUACCUGCACGCAUCUCGUUUGUAUCAAGCCAAACCGUAUACGAGCGAAUGUGGAACAUAAGAAUGCUGAUGAUGCGUGCGAAUCAUCGUUCUCUUGCGUAAUCUCCGUGUUGCUUCUUUUUUUCUUUUUCAUAUGUUUUUUCCUCUCCCUUUUGCAAAACAUACGGGGAUUACCAUGAACAUACGAUAUUCGCCUAUGAAUCCCUUUUCUUAUUAAUCCACACACCCUGCUCCCUCCCCCCACCCGCCUUACUUCCUGGCGAAUCCUAAUAUUGUCGAAGAAAAGGGGGGAGGGACCAUCCUCUGUACCCCUGAUACCCUCUCCGGUCCCAUCGACCCUAAAAUAUAAAUACCUUUUCGCUACGAGUCACAACAAGACGUGAAUCUGAUUUUUUAAAAAGUGCUCCGACUUGAUUAAGAAACGAAAUAAACGCUGCUUGCAACAGUUGA